CCAGACGGACUUCCGGUUGGAACCGGGAAAGGCGGGCAUCGGGCGCCGCGGAGUAAAACAUCAAACCAUGGUUCUUGCUAGUUCAAAUAAAACAACUGGACUUCAGCAAAACACUGCCUGCAUCAGGAAUAUUUGUAUACUGGCUCAUGUAGACCAUGGCAAAACAACUUUAGCCGAUUGUCUCAUUUCUAGCAAUGGAAUAAUAUCUAGAAGAUUGGCAGGAAAGCUGCGAUAUUUGGAUAGCCGAGAAGAUGAGCAGGUUCGAGGUAUCACAAUGAAGUCAAGUGCAAUUUCAUUGCUCUUUGUGAAAGAUAAUCAGGAACACCUCAUCAAUCUGAUAGACUCCCCUGGCCAUGUGGAUUUCUCUUCAGAGGUGUCCACAGCUGUCAGACUUUGUGAUGGUUGCAUCAUUGUGGUAGAUGCUGUGGAAGGAGUCUGCCCACAGACACAUGCAGUGUUACGUCAAGCUUGGCUGGAAAACAUCCGUCCAGUCCUGGUGAUUAAUAAAAUAGAUCGUCUCAUCUUGGAACUCAAAUUUACCCCUCAGGAAGCAUAUUCUCACCUUAAGAACAUCUUGGAGCAGGUAAAUGCAAUCACUGCUACACUCUUCACCUCCCAAAUCCUUGAAAAAAGAGCCGAGGAAGACAGGGAUGUUCAGCUGAAUCCCGAUCCUGCUAACGGAGACCAGGUUUAUGACUGGAGUACAGGCUUGGAGUGUACAGAUGAUUCUCACCUUUAUUUUUCACCUGAUCAGGGGAAUGUAGUCUUUGCCAGCGCAAUUGAUGGCUGGGGUUUUGGGAUUGAACAUUUUGCUAAGCUGUACAGCCAGAAGAUGGGAAUCAAGCCAUCAGUAUUAUUGAAGACUCUCUGGGGAGAUUAUUAUUUAAACAUGAAAGCUAAGAAGAUCAUGAAAGUGGAUCAGCUGAAAGGGAAAAAACCUCUAUUUGUGCAACUAGUGCUGGAAAAUAUAUGGAGUCUCUACGAGGCAGUGACCAAGAGAGACAAAGAGAAAAUAGAGAAAAUAAUCUCCUCUCUGGGACUAAAAAUUGCCGCUCGUGAAUUACGCCACACAGACCCAAAGGUUCAGCUUAAUGCCAUUUGUAGUCAGUGGCUACCAAUAUCAGAUGCAGUUCUCUCCAUGGUUUGUGAUAAACUGCCUAGUCCUCUUGAUAUCACUGCUGAGAGAGUGGAAAAGCUACUGUGCAUUGGAGCCAAAACAUUUGAUUCUCUGCCAGAAGAAACACAAGAGCUAAAAGAGGCGUUUAUGAAAUGCAGCAGUGAAGAAACUGCCCCUGUCGUUGUGUUUAUAUCCAAAAUGUUUGCAGUUGACGCUAAAACAUUACCGCAGAACAAACCAAGGCCUUUGUCACAAGAAGAAAUUGCCCAAAGACGUGAGCAUGCGAGGCAGCGGCGUGCUGAAAAGUUAGCGGCCGCUCAAGAGUCAGCAUCUGAGGGAAUUGGAGGAAGUUUGAUGGACCCAACUUUAGAGGCAGAAGAGAAUCGAGGGGAUAACCAGCUGCCCACUCUUCAAUCGGAGACCAACAUCGUGGCUACUGAGAGAGAAGAGCUUGAAGCCAAGGAACCUUUCAUUGCUUUUGCGAGGGUGUUUAGUGGUGUUGUGAAAAAGGGCCAGAAGCUCUUUGUCCUUGGACCAAAAUAUGACCCUGCAGAGUCACUGCACAAGCUUCCUCUGGGAUGUUCUCCUACUGAGACUCUGCCAUCCGUGCCUCAUUUAGCCUGCUGCACAUUGGAGAACCUCUACUUAUUAAUGGGGAGAGAGCUGGAGGAAUUGCAGGAAGUGCCCUCGGGGAAUGUGCUCGGAAUAGGUGGCUUGCAGGAAUUUGUUUUGAAAUCAGCAACCUUGUCCUCCUCUCCGGCUUGUCCACCAUUUAAUCCACUCAACUUUGAAGCUACGCCGAUUGUACGAGUGGCUGUGGAGCCGAAGCACCCAAGUGAGAUGCCUCAGUUGGUUAAAGGAAUGAAGCUCUUAAACCAGGCUGAUCCCUGCGUGCAGAUUUUGAUCCAAGAGACGGGAGAGCAUGUCUUAAUUACUGCAGGAGAAGUCCAUCUUCAACGCUGUUUGGAUGACUUGAAAGAAAGGUUUGCCAGGAUAGAAAUCAGCGUCUCAAAGCCCAUCAUCCCCUUCCGAGAAACCAUCACAAGACCCCCCAAAGUGGACAUGGUGAACGAAGAAAUCGGGAAGCAGCAGAAAGUGGCCGUCAUACACCAGAGCAAGGAGGAGCAGAAUAAAAUCCCCGAAGGGGUCCAGGUGGAUUCAGAGGGACUCAUAACAAUAUCCACGCCAAACAAAUACGCCACCCUCAGCGUACGAGCGACGCCGUUGCCGGAGGAAGUAACCCAACUGCUGGAGGAGAACAGCGAAUUGAUUCGGACCAUAGAGCUGUUUGCCUCUUCUCUCAACGAAGACAGGAAAACCGAGGAGAUGAACCAGACGAUGCUGGGCCGGAUACAGGAGUUCAAGGAGAAACUAGAACAAAAGCUGCAGGGCUGGAAAUGGAGAAAUGCCGUGGAUGCCGUCUGGUCCUUUGGCCCUCGAAAAUGCGGACCCAACAUCUUACUGAACAGAUGUGAGGGCUACCAAAGGUCUGUUUGGCAGUGCCUCGAAGGCGUCAAGCCAACCAAAGAAGCGGCUCUGCACCGGGAUUUUGACAACAGCAUCAUCAGUGGGUUCCAGUUGGCUACGCUCUCGGGACCGAUGUGUGAAGAACCACUGAUGGGCGUCUGCUUUUCGGUGGAGAAAUGGGACAUGAGCAGAUUCGCAGAGCAGGUGGUGCUCAAGAGGCAAGAUUCAGAGGAAGGGAAGGCUGCGGAAGAGACCGGCGGCAGAGAGGAACCUGCCUCUCCACCAAGGAGGGGGACUCAACCCGUGUCUGAAAACGAACUGCAAGAGGACGAGAGGUGCAGCCUGAAAUCGCUGUACAAGCGCAAAGGGGAGGCAUCGAAUGCAGACUGCUACGGCCCUUUCUCAGGCCAGCUGAUUGCCACCAUGAAGGAAGCGUGCCGCUACGCCAUGCAGGCCAAGCCCCAGAGGCUUAUGGCUGCCAUGUACACCUGUGAAAUUAUGGCAACCGCGGAGGUCCUAGGUCGUGUCUAUGCCGUCCUAUCCAAGCGAGUCGGCCGAGUAUUGCAAGAGGAGAUGAAGGAAGGGACGGACAUCUUUAUCAUCAAGGCAUUAUUGCCAGUAGCAGAGAGUUUUGGUUUUGCUGAUGAAAUCAGGAAGAGAACAAGCGGCCUGGCCAGUCCACAACUGAUCUUCAGUCACUGGGAGGUCAUUUCAGACGAUCCGUUUUGGGUACCCACCACCGAGGAGGAGUAUUUGCACUUUGGGGAGAAGGCCGAUUCCGAGAAUCAGGCUCGCAAGUACAUGAAUGCUGUGAGGAAGCGGAAGGGAUUGUAUGUAGAAGAGAAAAUUGUGGAACACGCUGAGAAGCAGAGGACUCUCAGUAGAAACAAAUAACUUCUUGGCUUUCCCUUUUCUUUCCUUAAAAACAGGCCAAUUCUCUUCUGUCCAGAGGUUCAGAAAAGUCACCUUGGAGGUGCUGAGCUCCAUGGCUUUCCUAACCCUCGGUUGUCUGUGGCUCGAGUUUGAAUAAACCGAAGCUUUCUAUUUUCCUUCUGGUGGACUUCCAAACUUUCUGCCUUCUGGAAACACUUUUCACGUCAACUCAGCCGGCCAAGGAAUGUCUGCAGAACUGCCACAGAAUCCCCACAUAAGCCUGGGGUGGUAGGUCUGCCCUCUUUUGUCAGAUUAAAUCAAGUCAAAACAGUAACCGAUGGGAAAAAAGUACCCUUGAUCCAUCAGCAGCGUUUUAGAAAUAAGAUUGCAACUAAAGUGGUUUUUAUCUUUUUUUAAAGGCAGUUGUUAGUCAAUACCAUUUGAACAGUCACUUUUGGGACGCUUCUCCUACCAUGAGGCCUGCACUAUUUGUGCAGUCUAAAAAACAAAAUACGUUUCUGAUGAGAAUUAUUUCAUUGCACAUACAGAUGUAUUUAUUUAACAGAAUAACAGAGUGGGAAGGGGGCCUUGGAGGUCUUCUAGUCCAAUUCCCGCUUGUUCUGAC